UCUGUACGAAAUACGUAUCACGUGACCCAGUUCUCGGUUUGCCGAACGUCAUUGUUUCGCGGCGACAGCUAUGUCAAUGUUCCUGCUCUUUGCCUGGCUAUCCAGCGACUCCGAGGACCCCGUUCUGUAUCGUCGUAGACCAAUAUCAACAAUCGCAUAUACCGUGAACAAACCAGCGCCCAGUCUGCGUCACGAUGAGCUUCUUCGAUUCGUCUUCAUCCACCCCCUCGUCAAACUCGACCCCCUCGUCCUCCAUCCCGGUUCCUGAGUCCGACCUGGCUAUCAAUCGGCCGCCUCAGAAGCAGCACGAGCGGGUGGUAGGCUUUGUACGGGAAGCACCUGCUGCCAGGUACACUUUCGAUUCUCGAUUGAACCGAGAGGAGCCAUCCUGCGAGCUAUGCCGUGUUGAGCCUGAAGGUGGACUGAGCUGCAUCAAGCUCGCCAUGCACAGCGCCGCGCUAUUCAAGAGCAUGCAGUCGAUGGGCUUCUAUUGCGCCCUUCCUGCUGAGCCUACGAGAACGGACAUGGAGUGUAGCUACAUACCCAGAUAAGUGGAUCGAGGCAGAGCGAGACUGCUCAGUGGGGAUGAGAGGCGCUGUAUAUGCACUUCGAUCUGAGGCAUUCAACGACCAUGCAACCUACAGAAUAAAUUCACUACCACUCUAUGCAUCAGCGGAUGGCGUGCUAUCUUGAGAGGGGGUUCUCGCUCUGGCAUCUCCUGCCAUUGUCAUGCCGUAGAUUGCCGUCGCUGUACGUCCACCAGCACGAAAGGAGUAGGCGUGACCGUGACUCGGAGAAGGUUUCAAAUUUGGUGCCGGAGUUGGAUUCACUCCGGAUAUGAUACAAUUGUA